UAGUAGCAGUUAUAACGAGGAGAGGUGCGUUGAAGUUGUACGGAUUUGAAAUUUGGAAGGGAAGAGAAUUAACCGGUGGAAGUAGAGCAAAGCGGAUAUUAUUCUUCAUGGUUUAGUUCCUCCGACGGCACUGCUGCAGCUGCGAAAUCUUAUUGUGAAGGCGAAAUGAGGGGCUGGUUCGACGCAUUUCGUAGCGACGGUGGACCCACGCUGUACAGUUACAGUAACCGGACGCCAGUCAGUGGAGACGUUCACCUGAUAACGAUAUUCGUCAUAUUUUGCACGAUAUUCACAGCGUUCGUCAUUAUAUUUCCGGGAAUACGAAAGGAGAGGCUAACGACAUUCCUAACCGUAACCCUCAGCCUUUUUGUUGGAACAACGAUUCAAGUUGCUCAAUACGGAUCGACAUGGCAUACAGCUUCGACAACGGUCGUCAGUUCCUACAGCGCUUUUUCAAGGGAAAAAAUGACCGCUGAGAUCGGCGGGUACAUCGGCCUAAUGCACAUCAACAUCACCUACACAGGCGGCGAGGGUCACAACGACGUCGAAUUCAAUGAACGAUUUUGGUGGCGAAGUCCAACCGAGAUGUCGAAGAGCUUCAAGGACGCCCUGCACAGAGGCGCCCCCUUCCCAAUUCUGUCGGUAGCUGAGUACUUUAGUCUUCAUCAGGAGGGUUUUUCCUGGGGCAGCCGAUACAGGGAGGCAGGCUACUACUCGUCGAUAAUGCUGUGGACCUCUUUUGCUUCUUGGGCCAUGAUGAACCUCCUCCUAAUGGUUGUGCCUCGAUACGGAGCCUACAGCAUGGUGUGCACUGGAAUUUGCAUGCUUUUGACCAAUCUGACCUACUGGUCUCUCCUUCCGUGCGAACCUCUCGUCGCGCACAUCGAUGGAUCUAUUCUGAUUUUCAAUUUGGGAUGGAAUUAUUGGCUUGUCCUGGUCGCCGGAGUCGGAUGCCUAUUCGCCGGUCUCGUGAUCGCGGCGAUUGAUCUGAUAUUUCCCCAUCAAUUUUCAACGAUCCUAGAGGUUGAUUACGACACGCCGUACGACCGUCACGUAAUUAUUGAGGAAAGUUUCGGCACCAGGAACACCAGGCGAAAGUUGCCAAAAAUUGAAGACGCUUUUGGUGAACGUAUAAUGAGGCAGCUUUCCCACAAGCUGGGUAACGGCAGGGAUGACACAAAGGGUGUCAUAAAUCAGGGAUACGUCGGCACCGAGCAGCUGGAAUUCGCUCAACCGAUCGACGACGAUCCGAGCAAGAAUCAGAACUGGUCUUAUCCGUUUCCACCGUCGCCACGACGGACGAUUAACUAACAGAGGUUACUCGCAUCGAUCCAUCUAAUAUUUAUUAAUGCUAAUUGUGAAUUAUUUAUGCAAGUCGGUUGUAUAAAUGUAUAAUGUAUAUGGAUGAAUAUAACGUAAACGUUAUACGGAAGAUCAAUGAAACG